AUCAAAUCAGUCAUGCCAACAUACUGCGAAAUUUGAAAACACCCCUGUUUAGCUCAGUGGCUGGAGUAGGUGCUGCUACACAGAUUGAAUCUACGGUUAUUUUAUUUUAUUUCACCUCAGUGUACGAUGGAGCAGUUGUCCGACGAUGAUUUUAAAAUGUAUUUCUACGAGAACAGGCUGAAAACUUACGAGGGGUGGCCGUUCGACGAAGACUGUUCCUGCACACCCGAAAAUAUGGCCAAAGCUGGCUUCAUCCACACCCCAUCAGGGAACAGCCCAGACGUGGCCAUGUGUUUCUUCUGCCUCAAAGAGCUGGAGGGCUGGGAGCCUGAGGACGACCCAGAAAAGGAGCACAAAUCUCAUUCACCGACUUGUCAUUUCAUCAGCCUGAAAAAGAAAGUGGAGGAGCUGAGUGUGGAAGAGUUCUUGAAACUACAGAAGGAGAGGCAGAAGUUCAUCAUUAACAAAUCAUGCAACGAGGCUCUUACCAAGUUUGAGCAGGCAGCCAAGCUGAGGAAGGCGGAUAUGAUUAAGACAGCCAUGGGUGAAGAGUGAUUGAUGGUUGCUGGAAAGCGAAUGAACAUUUUUAUGUUUCCUUUAUCUGUCUUCUUUGUGUUAAUGUUUAUCUGUCAUCUUUAAUAUCUUCUGAUGUGUUUUAUUCAUUAAACUUGGUUUGCUGGGUUA